AUGGUUUCGAAUCCUGAGUGUUGGCCAAGAAUCGCCAUUGCAGUAACAGGCCAUACUAUUCUAUAUAAUCGCAAUUACCCUAUACAUAAGUUUCGCUUUAAUCAAGAAGACAGCACACAGAAACGUAGAACACGUCAUGAUUCUAAUGAUUACACUCCUUUCAUCGAACUCGAUAACGUAAACACCAAAUGGAAUACUACCACUCUCAUUAAAUUGAUCACAAUUGUAACAUCCAUCACACCCCUGGUAUUAAGCUGUCAACAAACAGUUUUACUACCAGCAACACUAUCUCAGUGUGACACAUCCAAACACAACUGCCGCAACCAAACUACGUUACUCGCACAACUCAAUCAAUUGCAACCUGAAAUGUGCAUACAAGUACAACAAGGUGACCAACGCAUCCAUUUUAUGCGGAUCUCGCUUAACGCGUUAAUCCUCCGCUGUCGUAAAGAAACACUGUACUUUACUCAAAACACCAUCACUCGCAUACAGUAUCGAAAGCGCUGCCCCCAUAUGGGCACAUGUACUGGUCUUAAAUGCGCAAAAAUCAAUUACGACACCCUCGUCGACGAACUCGACGAAGCUAAUAACUACACAGGCAUCACCUACUGCUCCGAAUCCUGCGGUGGAUUAGGCUGCUCUUGCGGUUACCCAUCAUCAGGAUGCCUCUUCUAUCGCAUAUAUCAUAUACCCCUCGAUGACAAUGUCUACGAAGUGUUUCAAUGCCCAUCCUGGUUCCAGACUAUAUCGAUCAAUGUGCAGACUCAAGGCACUAGCCAUAUAUCGCAAAAUAUUGAACUAAAACCCUAUACUAAAAAACGCAUUGCAAACACAACAUUUGAAAUUACAAGCAUUUCUUCUACACCACUCUCCAUCCUUCAUCAACGAUUUAUCAGCAAUAACCAGACAACAGCGUAUGUCCACACAGAAACCGAAUUCAGCUACGCAUGCAACACUAACCCAAAUAAACCACAUAACGGCACUAAUGAUUGCAUUAUCAAAGAUACCUGUAAAUGCAAUCCUGCUGAAGAUUUCGUCACCUGCUAUUGCACCAACAAUAACGUUUCCCACAUCACCCAACUUUCCAAUACCCUUCCUCUUCCUAUACCAAACGGCCUGGUAUCCACUGAAGGCCUCAACAAAAUACCUACCGUAAGGACAACCGCUAUAUCCGUUGACCUCAUGCUUACACUAAACGCCAACAUAUCCAAUAUCAAGCAAGAAAUACAAGAUUUUCAGUGCCUUAUUCUUCCACAACAUUUUCUCGGAUGCUACAACUGCGUGAAAGGUUCCUUAGCUACAAUUCUUUGUAAAUCUGACACUUCCCAGUCCAUUGCACAAGUCAAUUGUGGACAACAGACAUUCACAUUGACCUGCAGUCUAUCGGGUACCUCCAACAAUGUGCGUCUAUUUUUUAACAAAGCCCAAGUACAUGAAACUUGCAGAGCACAGUGCGGUACACACAUCACAAUAUUUGAAUUACAAGGCACUCUUAACUACAUCAACGGCAUACAGCCCUUGUGGAACUAUAUUCGCUUAUGGAACAACGACACAGUUACUGACAAUUCAUCUAUCAACUUCGACCUAGCUACCCUUUUCCCACUUCAUUCACACUUGCAAACAAUUCCUUAUCUACUCAGUGACAAUCCUUCUUCUUCUUACUAG